CUGCUACACACGCUAAUCAGAGCUUCCUGGCUGCCAGACUGGCUUGCAGUGUUCUUCGAAACCAGGAUUUCGCCCUGUUUCACAGGAAGAUCAGGAAGCAGAACUCUACCUAGACCUGAACGGCAAGUUCUAAAGUCGUUCAGAAAGCUCUGGGACCAUGGACAUCGAAGCAUACUUUGAAAGGAUUGGUUACAAGAACUCAGUGAAUAAAUUGGACUUGGCCACAUUAACUGAAGUUCUUCAGCAUCAGAUGCGAGCCGUUCCUUUUGAGAAUCUUAACAUGCAUUGUGGAGAAGCCAUGCAUCUGGAUUUAGAGGCCACUUUUGACCACAUAGUAAGGAAGAAGAGGGGUGGGUGGUGUCUCCAGGUUAAUCAUCUGCUGUACUGGGCUCUGACCAAGAUGGGCUUUGAAACCACGAUGUUGGGAGGAUAUGUUUACAUUACUCCAGUCAGCAAAUAUAGCAGUGAAAUGGUCCACCUUCUAGUACAGGUGACCAUCAGUGACAGGAACUACAUUGUGGAUUCUGCCUAUGGAGGCUCCUACCAGAUGUGGGAGCCUCUGGAAUUAACAUCUGGGAAGGAUCAGCCUCAGGUGCCUGCCAUCUUCCGUUUAACAGAGGAGAAUGGAACCUGGUACUUGGACCAAAUCAGAAGAGAGCAGUAUGUUCCAAACGAAGAAUUUGUGAACUCAGACCUCCUUGAAAAGAACAAAUAUAGAAAAAUCUACUCCUUUACUGUUGAGCCCCGCACUAUUGAGGACUUUGAAUAUGUGAAUACCUACCUUCAGACAUCGCCAGUGUCUGUGUUUGUAAACACAUCGUUCUGUUCCUUGCAGACCUCAGAAGGGGUUUGCUGUCUAGUGGGCUCCACCUUCUCCAGUAGGAGAUUCAGUUAUAAGGACAAUGUAGAUCUGGUUGAGUUUAAGAAUGUGAAUGAGGAAGAAAUGGAAGACCUACUGAAAACUGAAUUCGGCAUUUCUUUGGAGAAAAAGCUUGUGCCCAAACUUGGCGAACAAGUUUUUACUAUUUAGGGUAAGGAGCAAAAUUGUUCUCCGUUGUUAUUUCAUAGUCUUAAACAUUCUCAACAUAUGCAAAUGUAUCCAUAGCAGAAAUCACCUGGCUCACUGCUGAUCAACUAGUCACUUGUUGUAUCUUCUUCUUACUACAUUUUAUAAAAAGAAAUCCUAGUUGUCCUGUCAUUUCACCAAUAAAAAUACUGCCAGUUAUAAUGAAAUAAAAUAUUAGUGGAUGUAACAACAAUCCUUUCAACAUUAAUCAACAAAACUUACUUAACGAAGAAGUGGAAAUCUUGAGAGCCAUGUUCAUUUGUAGUAGAAACCUCCCACCAUCAUUUUAUUGUUGAACUCACAUAAAAAAAAUGGUUGAAUAUGAAUAACCAGAGAACAGCAGGUAUUAAAUUCAGCCAAACUAAAUAUGAUGUCCAAAGGUUACAAGAAACCACAUUCACAACUUAGGAUCAGAAUAAAGCAAAGAAGAAUGAGCCAUCAUUUCAGGUUCAGAUAACUUCCCAGUCCUCGAAACAGAACUCAUGCCAGUGCACCCUGGCUCUGUGAGUAGGCGCCAGGACAACGACACGGCUUACAAUUUCUUCCAGAGUUAAUUUUGCAGACACGGUUCUUUUUGCAUUUGAUUUUUUUCAAACUAUGAGAAUACUUUAGAAUUAUGUGACUUAUAUAUCAUAUGAUAAUCUUUAUAGCCUGUUAUAUAUGUUACCUGAAAAAAACAUUGCCAAGUAUAUUAAACGUUAAAUAUUUUAAAAUAGUACUGGCUAAUAUAAUGGAUCAAAGGUUUCUUGGAGAUAUUGAGAUAUAAUAUAAGGGUUGGUGUUCUCUGUGAGACGUGUGUCCCUUUUACCCCAGUGUAAUAACCUUGCUACAUUCUUCUGAUUCACUCUGUACUUUAACUUAAAAGGAAACAAGCAAAAGACAAACAUGGUUCUUCAUGGAUCUAGGAGGUCACACCCUGAGCACAUUGUUGGGUAAACUUGUGGAUCUGAUUCAAGAUGUAAAACAGUUUGAGACAUGUGUAUUCAGUACCAGACAUAAAGGCCACAAAUAUAUUGGGGUUGUUCCCAGGUUAGACUGCUAUUCUAAUAUGCUGGAAGCCUGGAAUAUGGUUUACAGCACUCCUGCGCACAAAAGUAUUCUGCUCAGGGAUGAAUGAAUAAUAGUGGUAAUUAUUUCUAAGUCUUUCUAGCUUUCUUUCCCUCACUCCUGCUUUAGCUCCCAUUCACAUUGCCAGCUGCUUACUGUCUGCUUGCUGAGAAUAGAUUCCAGGGAUGUAAAUAUAUGGCUUGUGCCCCAGAAUCUGAAUCUUUAACCUCUCUGUACUUCAUGCUUUCUGACUGGGUUCCAUAAGAAGGUCAUGUUUGAGGCUAGCUUCUGUUCAGGCCACAAUACUUGAAGCAGCCUUCUCUCCAUAGCUACAGGUACUGAUUGACGAGUUCCUUAUCGUCCGAGAGUCCAGAGCUAACAGGAAAUCCCAGUGCCGGUUACCAUUAUGGGAAAUGGUCUCCACCCCCUACCUACAUUCCUGCUCAGGAACCAGAGAUCCUAGCUGUAGGCUCUUGCUUUGAACUUCCCCCAUCCUCAAAAGGGAUAAAAAGAGGCUCCCUCCUUUGUCACAUCCUCUUAUUCUCCUCAGAGACCCAACCAAACUGUCUGUCCAUGGAGCUUAGCCUGAACAAUUCUUGGAGUCCCCAUCUCACCGUUGUCCCUCUGUCUAUGUACUGAUGCUACUGAUAACUUUUUAAAAUAAACCCAUUA